AUGUAUGUUGAGGUGAAUGGGAAGCAGAAUGGAGAUAUUGCCCGCAUCUCAAGCCCAUUGGUUUCUGUGUCCCAAAAAACCACUAAGUGCUUGAAGUUUUGGUAUCACAUGUAUGGGCCUCACAUAGCAUCACUUAAUGUGUAUGCUAACACAACAUCUUUGGGAUUUCCUAUCUGGUCAAAGAAUGGUACACAAGGAAACAAGUGGAAGCUGGCCAAAGUUGAUGUUGUAAUGAGCCAGUCUUAUUCUGUAAGUUUUUUCCUAUUGGCUUUCAUAACAUUGGCUUUCAUAACAUUGACCUUUUUUUCAUGCUUGAGCAUGGAAAAAAAAAGGAAUUCCUUUUUCCAGGAAUUUUAAAAGGCAAGGAUUGGAAGUUUUAAGGCAAGGAUAGAUGUGCACAAUAACUUGCCAACAGUUUUUAAAACAAACAUCUUUGAUUUCAUUUAUAGGCUAAUGAAUUAGGUAUCAAUAAGUCUUUAUCGUAUAAUUUUGUACAAACUAUAGAAAGUUAAUUUAUUGAGAAAUUAAAGUUUUGCUGGUCAUAUAUUGUGAAUCUGUUUUUUAGCCAGAUAAUAAGGGUAUGGCAAUUUUCUGGUCAUAUUUGUAAAAAAAGAUAGAACAUAAUAAUAUUGUCUUUAUUUUCAUGUGGCUGAGUGUAAUUUGAUCAAUGUUUUUUCUUGCCUUUUCUAGCUGGUUUUUGAAGGAACAGCAGAAGGGAAUGAUAAAGGAGACAUUGCUUUGGAUGACAUUCAGUUGGCAACUGGAUCAUGUGAUUACUCUGGUGAGUGUUAUUUGUAGACAAAAUGUGUACACUUCCUGGAAAAAAAACGACUUGUAGAAAAUCUUAGAUGCUUGUUCUUAGUAGUAUAGAACAUGGCUAUGAGUCUUUUCACUCCUUCAGAUAAGAUAAUAGCUUACAGGGCUGUUAUGGGACACUAUUUGAUGUACUGUCUUUUUCCUGAUAAUAUUGUGUCUUCCAACUUGCUUUCUCAAGAAUUAAGUCUUGUGGUCUAAUGUGCCUCUCUGAAUGUGUUCAUGGUAGUUGGGAUGCCAACAUGUUGGUCCAUUCAAAUACCAGGGAUGUGGUGGUAUCAUGCUGUUCUUGCAUUCGAUUAAUAUAACAUUUUUUAGGGGUUAUUUCAUAAGUUUUGGUGGCCAAAAAACAAGAGGUAGAGAAGUGAGCUUGGGGCACCACAGUGCUUGAACCAGAUCCCUGAGGUAGAAGUUGAGGAGGUCCUGCAAGAGAGAGAGAUUAUUCACUGUUUUAAGAGGCAUGCAGUCAUUAAAUAUUAUGUGAAGUCAAUUUUUGUUCAUGUUAAAGCAUUCAGGCCUUAUGUACCAUGUGCAAGUGGCUGCAAAAGUGCAGGUAGAGAUGUAGACCACUACUUUUGUUUCUUUUUUUAUUCCUAGGUGACCCAUGUAACUUUCAAGAUGAUGACUGUAGCUUUACACAGGACAACACAGAUAACUUUGACUGGAUACGAACUAAGGGUUCCACACCCACUCCAGGAACAGGACCAACUGUUGACCACUCAUAUGGAUCUAGAUUGGGUAAGGUUUUAUUUUUUUAUGAUUUAAUUGAUUGCUAAUAAGAUAAACUGCUGUUGAUAUUGAUGAUUUCUUGGUAAUUUUGAUUAUCACCUGGGCUUAUUCUUGGUAAGUCCCCAAAAUAUUCUGUUCAGUGAAACCUUAUGAUAACUAGAUUUUUCGAACCUGCAUGGGAGAAUCAGUUGAUUGCUCAAUCACCUUGGUGAGGGUUUUCCUGUCAUUUACUACUGUUUAUUGGUGUCGUGUCAUUCCUUGUGUGUUGGUUCACAUUAAGAAGGUUGAUGAGACUUCAAAUAAGCUACCUGCUGGAGACAACUUUUAGAAUUUAGUUACCAACAGUGAAGUGACUCAGUCACAUUGUUGAGCAGCUGGUUGCAAUUUUCAGAUUCUGUUCCAGUGUGGAGAUGGCUUCUGUACGAGUAUGUUGCCCAAUAGCCUUAAAAGUGUGAUUCAGCCCGGGCUUGGUUGCAAACAAUAUGGCAGCAUCUUUUCUAAUGCUGUCAACGUGGUAAGUGUAAAAUGCUUACUUGGUAACUUUUCUUUUGUUUCUCUGCAGGUUAUUAUAUGUUACUUGAAGCUUCAGGCCAGAGCAAUGGUGAUAAGGCCAGGAUAAUGAGAACAUACAAGAAGGCUACAGUCACAGAAAGUUGCUUUCAGUUUUGGUACAUGAUGUAUGGUUCAAGCCUUGGUACACUCAAUGUCUAUCAGAAAGUUGGAAAUAAUCUUGGAAAUGCAAUUUGGACUGUCUCAGGUGACCAGGGUGUUCAGAGGACUUGGCUAAAAGGACGUGUCACACUCAACAGUACAGCCCAAUUUACUGUAAGUUUGGUUAUCUUAGCUCUCAACAGUGUUUGAAACUUUAGAACCACAGAUUGUAGUGUUGUCAGGUCACCAGCUGUUUCCAUGAAUUAAAAUGUAUUGUUAUCAUUAACCUUUCAACUCCCAAGAUCUGAUGGUUUAUUCUCCCCUGUAGCUGCUACACAUUCCCUUGUAAAUUUGUUAUGAGAACUUGGUGCUAGAUCAAGAUAGCAGCUUCUACCGGAUAAGUUUGAAUAUUCUCAUUACUUGUUUGCUGAAGAAAGUAUGGAUAUUGUAGGGAGAAGUUUAAAUUUAUGUCCAUCACUUCUGGGAGUGAAAGGGUUAAUGGUACUUGCCUCUAAACUUACUUUGCCAAGACAAACUAAGGUACUUUUUCUUUUUACUCCAAUCAUCUGCAAAUAAUUGUGGAUGCCUGAAAUACUUUGGGAACAAGCUGUCAUGAUUAGCACUGACAACAAUUAUUGUUUCAUUCUGAUGAAUUACAUUUGAGAUAAUUUUUUUUUACUAAGAGCAAACCACAAAACCACAAACUAGAUGUAAUUAUGAAAAACUUAUGAUAUUUGCUACUUGCUAUGUUAAAUAUGUGAUUUACUUCUCCGCUCCCAAAAACUGUGGGAAAAUUGCAACUAAGUUAUGAGUUUGUCAUUAACCUUACUUUUGAGUUACUGACAGAAGUUCUUUUCUUAUUAAAUAUUGGUUUCGCAUUCAUUUGACUAUCAUUGCUUACAUUUUUUUCACUGUUAAAAAACUUGCCUCUUAACCCUUUCAGUGGCAGAUAAGACAAUUUUAAGCAUGUUGAUAAUUUUUUUUGGUAUUACAGGUUGUUUUUGAAGGAGUAAGAGGAAGUGGUGCCAAAAGUGACAUUGCUAUUGACGAUAUUUCCAUGUCUUCAGGCCACUGUCCAAAUCCUGGUUAGUGUACCUCUUUUUUCCUGUAUCAUGGCUUAUGGCAUACUUAAAAGAUGGAUUGGUCUAUGAUUAGGAAUUGCUCAGUACAGAAACCUGCAAUUUUUCUGACAGAAGGUUAACUGCCUUAAUUACCACUCAUAGACAAGAGGCAAAAAACAAAGGCAAAACUUUAAAUUAGUUCUUCAUAUGUCAUAAAACAAGGGUUGUAACAUUAAAACAUGCUACAACUUCAUACAAUUAACCUUGGAUUCAUACAUAGCAAAGAAUAAAGUCCUGAGUUACUUUGAUCUUCACUGUAGGGGACUGCAAUUUCCAGAAUGACUUCUGUACUUGGAGUAACAUGGCUGGUGAUGAUUUUAAUUGGAUCAGGGGAUCAGGACAAACACCAAGUUUCUUUACAGGUCCUGAUACAGAUCGCCUGGGUUCUUCUCAAGGUACAAGGCUAUAGUUACUGUAGAAAGUAGAUACAAGUGUGUCAUAGUCCUUUAAACCUUUCCCAUUUAUUCCCACCUAUCUGGUGAGAACAAAAGUAAAAUUAUGCAAGGAAACAACUCUUUUUCUUCUUUGCUUUUUCUUCUUUCUCGUCAUUAGGUGCCUACGCCUUCAUUGAGACAUCAAGUCCUAGAAAACAAGGUGACAAAGCAAGAUUAGUCAGUACACAAUUUAAUGGAACGGCCUCCAAGAACUGCUUUACUUUCUGGUAUCACAUGUAUGGUUCAAGCAUUGGCACGCUCAAUCUUUACCAAGUAGUUGGUAAUACUGAAACACUCAUCUGGACCCUCUCAGGAAAUAAAGGAAGACAAUGGUUUAAUGGACAAGUGCCAGUUGGAAAUCAAGCUAAAUAUAAGGUAGCCAAACAUUGUCAGCCCCCUUUUACUAGCAGCCUGCAAUAAUGUUAUAAUUACCAGCCUUGGGAAGCAAAAGAUUCUGCUAGAAGGCAGUUUCAACCAAUAUGUCAGUCAUGUAAAUGUUUUUGUCUAGAAGAUUCUCUUUUUCUCUUAUUUUAUUUUUUUUCCUUCUGAGGUUUGAUUUGGUAAUGUAUGAUAACAACUUUCGAAUAGACUGACAAAAACACAAUUUAAAACAAGGAAUACAGAAGAUUUGGUAAAUUUUCUAUAAACAAACAGAACAAUGGUUAGGGCUUUACUGAGUGUCACUUGUCUAAUGAGAAUGUGUUAUUGCUUGUAAUAAGUGGCUGUACAUGUAUUUGUUACUGCUAAGGGUUAUAGUGCAUGUUGUUUGCCAGUCAAAGCUCCCUUGGUUUAAUUAUAAGAGACCUGAAGGGGCUCUUUUGUUUGAAAUCUGGGGUGAGGUGAAUACAGCUGUAGCUCUCAAUUUUGUACUAGUGUCAACUAUUGGGUGAUGUGAAUAAACCAGCAAAUCAGCCAGAGGGAGUUGUCUUAUUUGUUCACUAAAUUCUCUAGUUUGAUUGAGAAAGAAUCAGGUAAUGUAAUAAGAAAAAUAAAGCAUUUAUCAGUUCCUAGUAGUUUUUAGAAUUGGAAGCUUUCAUGAAGGUUAAGUUUAGCAAGUUACCCAAAGACAAGAGCCACUUUCUUGUGACAUUCAGGCUUUGAUAGAUUAGCACAUCCCUGCCAGUACUGAUGAGCUUUAAUUUUUUUUUGAUACACACAACAGAUCAUUGCUGAAGGUAUCAGGGGAACUAGUUAUCAAGGAGAUAUAGCCAUUGAUGACUUUAGGUUCCUUCCAGGAAUCAAUUGUCAACUGAGUCCGACAGCGGCUGCUCCGAACUAUGUUACCACUGCAGCUCCAACAACUUCAUCAGCCACAACAACGCCUAUUCGUAAGUUACCUUCUUGUGUACUUUCUUAAGUGCCUUUUUUGUGGAGUAACAUCCUAUCAUGCAAUAAAACUCAAAAUCAAAUAAUGCAAAUAGAAGAGUCUUGUAAUGCUUGUAAGUUUGGCAACCUUUGGAAGUUAAUGGUAAUUUGCCUGAGGUUGGGUCUUGGAGGCUGUAGGAAUCUCUUUGCAGUAUCAUGUUCAAAUAUGCAACAAUUUUGCAUUAUGCUGAUCUGACUACAAGAGCUGCAAGAAACUCUUUUUGCUCACAGCUGUAAACUUGAUGUAAACAAUGAACUUUUUAUUAUCUUAGGUUGUCAAUGUAGAUGUAUUUCUUUCCUUCCCACACAAUAUGUGUUUGUUUUUUGGUUGUAGAGUUGAAACUAUGUCCCUGUCUGCUAUUCUGUAUAAUUAUAUUGUGCCUGGUAGGCUAUUUAGUGACCAAACUCAUAUAGCAUAUCGAACUCAAAUCAUGUUAUCAGUUUUUUCUGAGGUUUCUUACUUAUGUGCAUGAAAUGUUCUCUGCAGCAAAUGGUGGCAUAAACUGUGACUUUGAAUCAGACAUUUGUACCUGGACACAAGACAAAACAGACCAGUUUGACUGGACAAGGAGAGCGGGCUCUACCGCAUCAUCAUCAACAGGCCCCUCUGCUGACCAUACAAAAGGAAAUGGUUAGUAAUGUGAUAACAGUGAUGUUACUUUUAAACAAUAAAAUAAUGAAAUGUUUCACCGCCACCAGGUACUUGUUACUUAGAAUUUACUUUGACAUUGGCAAGACAUCUACCCUGGUGUCUACUUGUUGGUGAGAGAUAGCGAUUGCUUAUUGUGUCUUUCCUUAGUUAUGUUGACAUUCUUUUGGUGAACUGGUUUGCAGGUAAUGGCUGGUACGUGUACAUUGAAACAUCUUGGCCAAGAAAGAUGAAUGAUACAGCAAGGCUUAUUAGUAGUUCUAUUCCAGGAACUACUGCUAGCAAAGGAAAGUGCUUGUCAUUUUGGUAUCACAUGUAUGGAGCAGACAUCAAUACCCUUAGUGUUUAUGUCAGGACAGGUGCCCAUGAUUCAAUGUUGUGGUCUAAGACAGGAACACGGGGAGACAAAUGGAUUCAAGGCCGAGCAACUGUGACCAGUAGAGAUCAUUUUAAGGUAAAAUUGAAGUGAAAUAUUCAUUUUAAAACUGUGCAAUUCUUUGGGGCAUUUUGUGAGAUCUGUUAUUUCUAGUAAUGAAAGGAGCCUAUGUAUUGGAAUGGAAUGGAACAAAAUGAUGGUAUUGUAGAUAACAGUUUUAGUGAACGACACAAAAAAACAUAAAAGUGGUAUGAAACACUAACUGUGGGUGAUAAGUAAGCAGAAAGGAAAAAGUAAAAACCUUAAGCUAUUUUCUGUAACCCUGCAUUUCUUUACAGAUUGUAAUGUCUGCUUCAGUUGGCAAUAGUUACCAAGGAGACAUUGCUUUGGAUGAUAUUUCUAUGACAGAUGGACCUUGCAACCAUGACUCAAGUAUGUAUUGUACAACAUGUAAAAUUAAUUAACACCUGGUUCAUCCUUAAUAAAUGCCUGAGAUGUUCAUGGGCUUCUGGUUUUUCCAAUGUCCUAAGACACUAAACUAUUCAAUGUAUGGCUGCACAGGAUAUCUCACAACCUAGCCAUGAGCCUUGCACAGAAUUGCCUAGGAAUCUUCAUGCUGUCAUAUUUGUGAGAAACUGAAGGGGUUGGAAAGGGGUUGGAAAGGCAAAGGAAGGAACUUUGAAUGGAGAGACUAAUAUUUACUUUGCCAUGACAAAAUAAGUGCUCAGAGCAGGCUCAAAAAUACAGCAUAACUGACUGCCACAUUUAUACUAUUUGCUGUUUGAGGUUUAUUGCUACUUAAUAAGCUCAGUGAUGAAACAGCCCUAAUAUAUAUUUACCUUUUGACCAAGGACAAAAUAAGUGCUCAGAGUAGGCUCAAAAAUACAGCAUAACUGACUGCCACAUUUACACUAUUUGUUGUUUGAGGUUUAUUGCUUCUUAAUAAGCUCAAUAAUGAAACAGCCCUGAAACCGAAUUAAAACCUUAAAACUCUAAGGGUGUCAAGCACCUAAUUUCCCCUUGUAGUCAAAGAUCAUGAAAAUAGAGGAAUUGAUCACCAACUUAAGAAGUCUCGCUUGUUUAAGCAAUUGUCCUUGUUAGUACCAAAGGAAAUGUUUAGAGAAGAAUAUGAAGAGUAUGGAUACUGAUGUUAGGGUGUAAAAAGUUAACAGUAGGAAAAAUUAUGAUUGAACCUCUCUUACCUCUAUGAAAUUACUGUGGCUCCACAUUUUUCCUUCUGUCCACCUCUAUUUACUUUUACCCUUAACUUCCAGAGAUGAUUAACAUGUAACUUCUCCCUAUAAGAAUACUCAAACUUAUUUGAUAGAAGGUGUUAUCUUAAUCUACCACCAAAUUCUUGUAACUAAUUAGCAAGGAAACAUGUAGCAGCUAAGGAGAGAAUUAACAAUCAGAGCUUGGAAGUUAAAGAAUGAGAAGUCGCAUAUUGGCUGUGAAUGAACUCGUCAACGUGUGGGGAAUUGUAAUAUUAUGGAAGUCAGUGAAAUUUUAUGUAAGAAAAGUUUUGUUUUCAUGUCUGGCUAAAUUUCGAUUGACUGUUCGAAUUGUUUUAAUUGGACAUUGCAGCAACCUGCACAUUUGAAGAAAGUCACAUGUGUGGUUACCAACAGGAUACAACGGAUGAUUUUGAUUGGGCUCGUGGCAGUGGAGCAACAGUUACCCCCAACACUGGGCCUGCUGCUGAUCACACAUUAGGAUCAGCUUCAGGUAUGUCUGUGGUGACACUUAGCAUUUCUAAGGGAAAGGGUGAAGAUGCUUUCUCUUCAUUGCCUAUCAAUAUUAUUAUAUAUGCAAAUAAUGCUAUUGAGCAUCAGAAGGUAUUCUAUGGACUAGCAGAGAAAAUGUUACCAGUAGUCCUAUCUCUGCUGUUGAAAACUGACACUAAUAAUUUUGAGACUGGAAGGCUAUUCACAAUUACAAGAAAAAAUGUUAAUAACAGUUGUAUAUUUUUGUAAGGAACUUUGACUUUACUCUCCUCUACAGCAAUAUUAUUUAAAAAACACAAGAUACUUAAACAACUGGUGAUAGAAAAUUGGAUAAUUUUGGUUUUGUCAACUGAGUUAAUGAUGUAAAUUAGCCACUGCAGAGAGUUUCAAAGCUGACAAUUCGAGCAGAGUGGAUGACUAAGGGCUAACACUUAAAACAUCAGCUUUGAGACUCAAUCUUUAUGGUAGCCAAUUUACAUCAUCAUCUCAGUUGAUAAAGCCACAAUUAUCUUGUUAUGCUCCCCUACUGAUGCAGCACCACAGAUUCUUUAGAAACUUACCCCCUUUAAACUUCGAUCAAGAUCUCACACCCAGCCUGUCACCAUUUGCCCAUGUUGGGCUUUAUGUAUAUUUAUACUCACAAGCUUAAAAUUUUGUCUGAAUACAUCUAGGGUUUUACAUGUAUAUCGACAGUUCAAUUGCUCAAAGUGGGAAAAAGGCCAGAUUACUGACUCCUCAGAUGCCCAAAGUUAGUGCCAAAUGUCUGAAGUUCUGGUAUCACAUGUAUGGAUCAACGGUAGGGACUCUGGCAGUGUAUAAGAAAACAGGUUCUUUAGUGGGUAUUCGCAUCUGGAGACGCUCUGGGGAUCAAGGUGAUGAGUGGCUUGUUGCACAAGUUAGUGUGUGGAGUCCUGUAAAACCAUUUUGGCUUUCAUUUGAAGGUCAGGUGGCUGGCAGCACAGGAGAUAUUGCCAUUGAUGAUGUUGAAAUAUUUGCGGGCAAGUGCCCAACACCUGGUGAGUACAGGCUUGGUACUGCACUCUUUAAAUUCUUAGGUUCAAAGCCAAACAUGCGCUUUUGUUUCAGGCUUUUUCCCGUACAGUUAGCAAACAGUCAAAAUCUGACCCAUAAAUGACAAAUUGGAGGGUCUCAGUGUGCAUAUUCGUGAUGUCACUUACCCCAUUACAGGUUAUAUAAUUGUCAGUCUUAAUACACCACUUGAGAAUUUUAUAACAAUAAUAUGUAGAUGUUUACAACAAUCAUUCCUCAAUCCAUAGUUUCCAAGUUCCUAAAGGAUGUACAUUUUUUUGGAACCAUCCAUCACUUUCUGUUAUAUUGUUGACCACUUUUGUCCUACAUCUAUUGUCUUAUCCUCUUCCCUCUCAAAGUUGACCAAACAGGAGUUUCUCCCUUCUAUGUGUUUCCAUUUCAAGGGUGAUGAGAAGAAAGAAAGAUUGAACACCAAAACUUCUUCCAGUUGAAAAAUGAAGAAAGAAUUAGGACGAGCAGAGAAUUCAUAUUUAAAUCAUAUGGAAGUGAUGUGAACAUUUUUUUUCCCUUUGUAGGAAAUUGUGACUUUGAGAAGGGAACAUGCACCUGGAGAAACACCCGUAAGGGAGAUGACUUUGAUUGGUUACAAGGCAAAGGUAAUACACUGUCAUCUACCACUGGGCCAUCUAAUGACCACACCACUAACUCUGCCAACGGAACCUACAUGUUUAUUGAAGCUUCAUCACCAAGAAAAACUGGCGACAAGGCAAGAUUUUUCAGCGAGACAUUAAGUGCUGUUCCUGCCAAAGGAAUGUGCCUUCAGUUUUGGUACCACAUGUAUGGUCUUGAUAUUGGAACUCUUAAUGUGGUGCAAAAGACAACAUCUGGAAGCAAGUCUGAAAACAUUCUGUGGACUUUGCAAGGUCAGCAGGGUAAUAAGUGGUUAAAUGGAAAAGUGUCCCUCAGCAAGGUUCCAAGCUCUGACUUCUGGAUCAUCUUCGAAGGAAUACGUGGUACUGGUUACCGUGGAGAUAUUGCCAUUGAUGAUAUUCUCAUAACAAGUGGAGAUUGUACCACAUUCCCAGCUAAUGCAGAUCCUAACCCUGUAACAACUUCAAUGCCCACAGCUACCACCCAGUUCACCCUGCCACCCACCAUUGCGCCUUCAUUGUACAACUGCGACUUUGAAAGUGGCUUUUGUAACUACACCCAAGAGCACAUAACAGACAUCUUUAACUGGACACGACAUCAAGGUGGCACAUAUUCUGGAGGGACUGGCCCAACGGCAGAUCACACCAAACAACAAGGAGUAGUAGGACCCAAUGGUCCAGGGUCUCUUCAACACAAGUUAUCUGCAAAGUGUAUACAUGUCUACUUGGGUGGGUUUAGUAAACCAAACCCAGGUACUGUUAUAGUGACUUAUGACGGAUGUGGAGAGAGUCGCUUGGAGUUUCAGCUAACAUCUGAUGGUUAUAUUAAAUAUACCAAGUACAAUAUGUGUCUGCGACGAAGAGGGGGAUCUGGUGUCAAUGCUGAUGAUGUUAUGUUAGAUGACAAGUGCAAUGAAAAGUGGAAAUUCACCUCCAAAGGUUCGAUACAGCAUCUACCAACAAGCAAAUGUUGGACUCCAUAUGGUGGUAAGGCAGUAAAUGAUGGCAAACUUCUCCUCAAUACAACUUGUGAUAACAAGGAUCAGCAGUUCAGGUGGCAACCAAGUAAGUCAAAACAGAGAUUAUCUGAUUCACUAUCAGAAAAUACUAUAUACUUGAAAAAAGAGAAGUUUCCCUUGUUUUGAGCACAUAUUUCACCUUAUCUUCAAAAAUAAAUUUCACUUUAUUGCAAAGGUUUUUGGUUGCAAUCAGUCUGCUAUUACCAGAAAGUGUUUUAACUGAGUUGUAAUAGGAGAGUUGGAUGAAAAAAGGUGAUUUCAGAGACGUAUGAGUUAAGAAUCUCAGUGUGGGAGCCCAUGAUAAUUUAUUUAUAUGCAGAUCAGUAGCUAUCUUCCAGAAGCACAAAGUCUAUAACCACACACUUUGCAUUGCUUUCUUUCUUGAUCUAGCUCUCUUCAUCCUUCUUCUUCCAACUAACCCUAAGCAAAGAAUCAGGAAAAAGGCACAGAUUGAAUUAGUUUUGAAAUUGAAGUGUAAUAAUUGUCUUUGUUUAAUAUUUACAAAAAUACAACAGCAAUCAAGAGAUAAUAUGAACAGCAUUCAUAUCAUCUCCAGGGCUCUUGAAAGCCAAUGAUUCUAAAUAAGAUGAGAAAGAAAUAAUUAAGAUAUGAGACUGUAACCAUGCAUUUUGUUUAUCUUUUCAGCACGUGGAUGGUAUGUUUACAUAGAGGGAUCAUUCCCGAGGAAGCCUAGUGACACUGCAAGAAUUCAUUCUCCUUAUGUCAAUACUAACCCUUCGCAGCCCAAGUGUCUUUCCUUUUGGUAUCAUAUGUAUGGACCUCACAUAGGGCAACUUAACAUCUACCGCUAUGCUGGUGGCCAGCUUAACUCCCCUGUCUGGUCCAAAUCUGGCUCCCAUGGCAACAAAUGGUUGAAUGGUCAGGUAGAGCUAACAAAUAACAAUCCUUACAAAAUUGUGUUUGAGGGUGUGCGUGGUUCAAGUUACCAAAGUGAUAUUGCUCUGGAUGACAUUCAGCUCAGCAAUGGCCAGUGUACUGCAACUAUGGACUGUGACUUUGAAAGUCCAGUAUCCAAGCUGAGAUUGUGUGGUUGGAACCAAUAUCCUGGGGCUAAUAUCAACUGGCGUCUUGGUCAAGGCAACACAUCAUCAAUCAACACAGGACCAGCAAGUGAUCACACCCUUAGGGAUGGCAGAGGUAACAAGGAAAUAUCUUUAAAUAUCAAUAGAAUAACUUAUAAACCUUCUAAAGGAACUGGCAUUGAUGUACAUGUAUGGUGGAAAGGGGUGAACUAAGCACCUAAAUCAAGGUUAAUGUCUUAUUAAUAUGUAAUUGUCUUUCAUAUUAUGUGGGUGGAAAUGUAUAUAAUAAGGCCUUUUGUUGUUGUAGGAAAUUUUCAAUAACAAUAACUUGCAUCAUUUUAUUAAUCUACCAUCACCGAAUGCCUGUAAUUUUAAGUGAGAGAAAAGCUUCUCUGUGUGCUAGGUGCAAAUAAUAAAACUAAAUUUUAAUGUAUUUGUUGCUUUGUAUUUACAGGACAUUACCUUUUCAUUGAGACAUCAUUUGUUGCCCCUAACUCUAAAGCCUGGUUGAUAGGUCCAAAGAUUAACCCACAGAGUGGAAAGUGUUUUCAGUUCUGGUACCAUAUGUAUGGGAGCAGUAUUGGUCAACUUAAUGUUUACCUCAUGACAACCAAAACAGUUCCAUCUAUUCCUGCUUGGUCACGACAGAGAGAUCAAGGGAACUUGUGGUAUAUUGCUCAAGUAUCCAUCACAAUCCCUAACUAUGUUAAUGUAAGUUUGACUGGUUGUCUUGAAGACUCACUUGUGAUAGCUAUGUUAACUACAACAUUGUGCUAAAUGUGUGAAAUGUAGCUGGAUAAAUUUCAAAUGCUGUAAUUUUCAUAAACUCUGGUAAAAUUCAAUAUGAAAAAAUUAUGUAAAAAAUUUAUUUUGACACAAUGUAUUUCAGUUGUUUGAAAUAGUUAGGAGACUUGGUUCAAUUGUAUCUCAACUACAUUAUAGUGCUUUUGGAAAGUAUACAGUUCAAAAGUUAUACUUCUAGAUACAGACAUUCAACCAUCUAAUAUCCUAUGUUUUGGCAUAGUGAGGAUGGUAAUAUUUUGGUAGGAUUGCAAGCACAACUUUUAGACACCCUAUCUAAACUUUUUGAUUGCUUCCCAGAAGAGUAUCCUUUUAGGGGUUCUGGAGACUGGAACAAGUGCUCUCUUCCACUAUUUAAUUCUAGUAAACAUUAUUGUCAAUUGUGUGAUUUAAAUCUGUUUGGCAGGUGUUAUUUGAGGGUGUACGUGGCACAAGCUACACUGGAGACAUAGCAAUUGAUGACUUUAAGCUCAUGGAUGGACCUUGUAAUCAGGCAGGGUAUUGUGACUUUGAGAAAGAUGACUGGUGUACAUGGACAAAUGACAAGAGAGAGGACAACUUUGAUUGGUUAGUUGGUAGUGGCAGCACACCAUCAGCCUUUACUGGGCCUGCUGUUGAUCAUACGACAGGUUUGUUCCAUUAAUUAUUAUUAUUAUUAUUAUUAUUAUUAAUGCACUUUAACUUUAAGCCCUUUUCCUUGAAGUACAUUUUUAGGUAAGUUUGUUUGAGAUAUCUCUCUCUCUCUCUCUCUCUCUCUCUCUCUCUCUCAGGUCAUCUCAAACUCCUUGGAAUCUCAAAAUAUUUUCGUUCCCCUAGUAGGUUCCAAUGUGAUUGCAGUAUGGUAUCUUUGUAAAACUUCCCAUCAUAAGGAUUUAAUGUUUCACUCAAUUUUGAAUUACAGUAUGUUUGAUGUACGCAAUUUUAGUGCACAUUGUCUGAUGACUAAGAUGGUGUAGUUGUUUACAACAGGGAAGAAAUACGUACACACAUUUGCAACUGAAAAGGCUGUCUACUAGCCAGGUUGUAUCAGCAUAAACAGUACAUUUUAUGAUUCCUCCUCUAAUUUUUAUUCUGAACAGGAUAAAUAUUGAAGAUUUAUGAUUGUUUUGCAGGACAUGGUAUUGGAAAAUACAUGUUUAUGGAGGCAUCUGCACCAACCAGACCAGGAGAUAAGGCCAGACUGUACAGUGAACGCUUCCAACCAACAGGUGGCUCUUGCAUUAAGUUUUGGUAUCACAUGUAUGGUCCUUCAGUAGGUACCCUAAAUGUUUUAGUCAAGACUGGUGCAGGCAAUCGGUCUGAGGAUAUUGUGUGGACACUUUCUGGCAACCAAUUAGAUCAAUGGAAAUUUGGGCAGGCCCCUGUUGUGAGUGCGCAAAGUGGAUAUCAGGUAGGAAUUUGGAAUGGCUUGUAUUCAGGCACUUCCUUGAUUAACAUCCACCAUGGUUUCUGAUUGGAAAUGAAAACAGUGUUCUUCCUGUUUCUAGGAUUCAGGACUUUCUCUUAUCUUGGGCUGAUGUUUCUUUUAAGAGUAGCAUAUUCUCUCCCAGAAGAACAAAAUUUUUCAUCCAGAAUAUUUCAAUUUACAAUAAAAGACUUUGAAAAAUUGUCAUCGUUGUUGAAACCUUGGCUGCUUUCUGACUGAUUAUGCUGGAGAUCAUGAGUAAGGAAGGAAACAAUACAAAGAGUCCUUUGUAGAGAUGAGCAGCUUUAGGCAGAUCAGCCUAAACUGCAGUACUUUAUCUUACAGCUAAGAAACUUUUUGGCUCAUAUGUGGACUCUCUCAUACUACCUUUUUAAGGUGUGUGAGGUUUGAGUCAUGCACCAGUGAUAGGUUCACAUUGUUAGUGCCAAUUUUCUUUUCUUACAGGUUGUAUUUGAGGCCAUCAGAGGAAGUGACUAUCGAGGGGAUAUAGCAAUUGAUGACAUCGCAUUUACAGUUGGAGCCUGUACUGUUUUGCCACACAAUGCUAAACCGACACCUCCACCAACUCCGCCAGCUACAACUGGGCCUACAACAAUUCCACCCAAGGGGAAAUUUGACUGUGACUUUGAAGGUGGCUUUUGUCUUUGGACACAAGAUUCAACUGACAGUUUCAACUGGACCAGGCAUCGCGGACGAACAUCAUCAACAGACACUGGGCCAACCACUGAUCACACUCUUAAAACAGGUACAGUCUACAGGCAGGAAUUGAUACUCUUCAUGUGGGAUACACAGUGGCUAAAGUGCUUAAGUUGCUGAAUCAUGCUGUACCAGUUCCUAACUCAGGAUUGUAAAUGGUUUCAGUUGACCUGUUAGCAAAAACUCAACAAAAUGUCUGGAGUUAUUUAUCCAUAGCACUAGUAUGCCACUCCAAGGGUAAAGAAAUACCCCUAGUGAGCUCAUGCUGGUAAUACUGGGUAAGCUCUUGUAGUUUGUGGAGUUACAUCAUCUCUUUAAUUACUUAGAAAUGAACUAAAUUUUGAUGCUCCGGCUCAUUUAAAGAUGGAGUCCAAUGCAGUAAAUUGGUACAAUAAGAUCCAUGCCUAAUUUGUGGCCAGUGAAUUAUAAUUUUACUCUAUAUGAUGCAAUGAUUUGUUUUUGUAAAUUGGUCAGCUAUAUGUGACUACUAGUAUAGUGUAUAAAUAUGGUUAUUUGUUGUGUAUUUUCAGGAAAUGGUACCUAUGCCUAUGCUGAAGCCUCAUAUCCCAGGCAACUGAAUGACACAGCUCGACUGAUCAGUCCCACACUUCAAAGUAACACAAGACCUGGAACAUGCAUCUCUUUCUGGUAUCACAUGUACGGUGCUGACAUUAACUCCCUGAAUGUGUACACAAAGGUUGGAGGAUCUCUUGGCACAGCGAUUUGGCAAAAGAAAGGAAAUCAAGCAAAUGCAUGGAAAUAUGGCCAAGUCUUUGUCAGGCAGCCUCUAAACUACCAGGUUAGUGAAUGGAAUUCUAUGUUUUCUUUUUAUAUCCAAGUUGUUCUAACAAGUGAUAUGAUCCUAUCAUAUGCAAAAGGGUUACACCAUGAAUUUUUUAAAUCUUCUUUCCAGCAAAACAGUUGUAUAAACAUUUACAUUAUUACAUCACCAGGCAUAUUUGAAUUACACUGUUCUCUAUACAUUCCCUGUGGUACUAACAAUGAGAAUGCAAUUUAAGUAGGAAAUGAGCUGUUUUUAAGUUGGUGCAUAAUCAUUGCUUUCAUUCUCAGGACUUAAUGUUAGAUCCAGUGGUGAUACUCUGAGGAGAAAUUGGAUCCUAGUUACACUGAAGGGUUUCGGAGAUAAUGGUUCUCUUGCUCUUUUAAGACUAAAGUAAAAAAAUGAUAUUUCCCAUUUGUCAACAAAGAGUAGCCCCCUUCAUUAAAAUUAAGCCAGAAAAUUCUAAGUAGUUGGCUGAGAAUUCUAUAACAUUCAGUUCUUAAUGAACACUCAAACAGUGCAAAUUGCAUUUAUUGGUUGUGCUGAUAAACAAAGCUGCUGGGAAAUCACUUGAAAUGAUGGUCUUGUCAUUGAGAAAUCUUGAUUGGUCUUAACAGGUUGUUUUUGAAGCAGUGCGAGGAAAGAAUUACUUGGGUGACAUUUCAUUGGAUGAUAUUGCUGUCAAAGAUGGCUUCUGUCCACCUCUGAAAGAAUGUGCAUUUGAAGAAACUGGCUUAUGUGGAUGGUCAGAUGAAAAGAGGUACUUUUGUCAGACUGUAGUGAGUUUGUUAAUUACUAGUGGCCCUAUCAUUGCAAUCACUUUUCUGUGUUGUUGAGGUGUUUUGUACACAUUGAAAUAUUAAGUCAAAAGUAUUGGGGUGUAGUUGCUGUAAAAGCUGUUAUAAAGUAGGCUAAAAAGAUCUGUGCCGGUAAAGAAGUACCACGGUAAAAAUGAUAUAUCUUACCUUCUAACAAAAGAAUCUCAUUUUUUCAUUAUUCCUUUUUGGUGCAUAUGAUUGUAGUGUUGAUAACUUUGACUGGACAAGGCAGAGUGGUUCCACAUCCAGCUCUGGAACAGGUCCAACUUUUGACCACACUUUGGGGACAGCAAAGGGAUUCUACAUGUUUAUUGAAACCUCCUCUCCAAGAAAAACAGGGGACAAGGCACAGCUGUUAAGCCCCAGAUACGGUGCGACAAACGGAAAAUGCUUGCAGUUUUGGUACCAUAUGUAUGGACGUAGCAUUGGAACAUUAAAUGUCCGUAUUAGACGUUUGGUUCAAGGUAAACCCACCUACUUUCUACAGUGGUCCAGAUCAGGUGACCAUGGAAACCGCUGGAGGGUUGCGCAGGUAAAGCUAUCAUAAUUCAAUUCAUUUUAUUUUUUUACAAUUUUCAAUUCUGUUAAAACCAGUACAAAAGUGUGUUAAUAGUUUCUGGAGGAUAUCUUUAUGCAAAUAUCACCAGCUUUCCUUUUCUAUAUUUGGGGGCUGAAGAGUUUUUUUUUUGUUCCUUCUAUUAUCUGUGCUGCAAAGGCUCUCAUUUUUUGAUAAUUAUUGUUAAUUAUGGAAUCUGAGAAACUCUAGUUUGUAAAGGGGAAAAAAGUCCACUGUCAUGAAUUUGUUUUUCUUUUCAGGUAACUGUAUCAUCUGUAAGUGAUUACCAAAUAGUAUUUGAAGGAGUAGCAGGAAGCAGUUAUCAGGGUGACAUUGCCAUUGAUGAUGUAGUUUUACUGGACAAUGCUUGCCCACUCCCUGGUGAUUGUAAUUUUGAGACUGGCAUGUGUACCUGGGUUAAUGUGGCACAAAAGGAUGAUUUUGAUUGGGUGCGGUAUAAUGGUGAUACAAGGACCUUGGGCACUGGUCCUUCUACUGAUCACACAACAAAGACAAAAGGAGGUGAGUAAAUAGCUGAAAAGUAAGAUCAUACAUGUAGCAAUAAGUAAACAUUUUUGGGUAAGGAGGUGAAGAAAGACAAUUGUAUUCCUUGAAGGAUUGUUAAGGUGUGAGUGCUGGCUUGGCACAUAACAUUUCUGAUGCUGCAUUGGUUAGAAAAACCCUCUCUCCUCUGGAAGUUACAGCAUUUCAUGUGCAGAAAGAGAGAAAGAAGCUCUGUUUGGUAUAUUGUAUUUUGGCAUCUGUAAGAAAAAGGAAAAGGCUAUGCCUAUAUGGAAAUUGACUUUAAAUUGCGGAUUUGUCAUUGUGAAAAUGUUUUGUUUGCUUUAUUUUUGUAUUGAAAAGCACAUGGUUGCCUUGAAAGAGCUUAAAACAUUGCAUUUAGUGUAUGUUUUUCAAUGGUUAAGUUCAUCAUUAUUUUGUGAUCUUUGUUGAAGGAAGAAUUGUGGAGGGGUUUAUGAGCUUUGGCUGUUUUUGCUUUUUGUUAAUGUUGCUUGUUUAUCCUGAAUAUGAAAUGAACAGGUAGGUGCCAUUUUAUAGCUGCAUCCUACGAACAGAAAUGCUGAUGCAGCUUGUUAAGUUUAGCUGAUGCAGCUUGUUUAUUUUAGCUGCAUGCUAUGAACAGAAAUGUUGAUGCGGCUUGUUUAUUUUAGCUGCAUCCUACAAACAGAAAUGCUGUUUAUUUCAUUUUUUAUUGUUUAUUUCAUCCUGGUAGGGUACUAUAUGUAUAUCGAAACAUCAAGUCCACGUCUGCUCAAUCACAAGGCCAGGAUGGAGUCUGAAGAAUUCCAACCAACAGGUGCAUCAGGACGUUGCUUGAAGUUCUGGUAUCAUAUGUAUGGGGCUUCUAUUGGAUCACUUAAUGUCUGGAUCAGCAGCAAUGGUUCAUCUGGUCAGAUAUGGACUCUUACUGGUAAUAAAGGCAACAAGUGGCAAUUUGCUCAAGCUCCUGUCAGCAGUAAAAGUGUCUAUCAGGUCUGAACUUAAGUUUUUUUGCAUUCUGGAAAGAGUUUUUAUAAAGUCACUUUUCAGGCCUAGAAAGUUAUUUUAGGUUUAAUCAUAGAAAUUUAUGAGGAAAUAAUUGUGAUCUUGAAUGAGCAAGUUGUUCUUUUUGAAGCUGAUUUCUCAGUCUUUCUCUAAGGACAUUCAAGAGAUCUAGCUAUUCAUUUACCUUCUUAAUAGCUACACGUAAUCACUUGGCUUCCUAGGAAACUAGUUAAAGGAAUUUAGCACCAAGUCAAGAAAACACCCUAUAGCUGAUCACAGUAUGUUUGCCAAUCCUCAUCACCUGUUAACCUGAUCAUUUACUAAUAUUAUAACAAGAACUUAAGAGUUCCUUGCUUCAAAGAGAAAUUGGGUUGAAUACAGAUUUCCUCACGUAGUCAAAAUGCUGAAAAAAAAUUAUUUUAUAACUAGACACCUUUUCCUUGCAGAGUUUUAAUUGGGAUGAAUUAACAAAUACCAGUACCAACUAGUUAAAAUGUCUUCUGUAUGUGGGCUUUAGUUACUCUCUGUUGACAAAGAAAAUAUAGAAUACUUGUGUUCUUUCUUUGGUUUCCAGGUUAUCUUUGAAGGUGUCAGGGGCCAAGGUCAUCAAGGUGACAUUGCUAUCGAUGAUGUUCAGUUUACAGUUGGCUGGUGUGUUGUCCUGCCUCCUGGUGCAAGGCCAUUAAACCCCUGGACAACCCCAGCAGUGACCACCUCACCACCUAUCACAGCCCCAACAUCAGGUAAACAAUGAUUUUAUUUCCCUUGGAAGAAUAAUGAUUACAGUCUUUGCAAAACAACCUGAAAUCCCAGAGAAGUGUAAUUCCUCAGGAUAUUUAGCUACCUACAAAUGCAUAUAUAAAUAGAGAUUUUUUUAAAGAGCAGAAUCGAGUGAAGGGGCAAAAUGGAGAACUGUUUGUUUCGGUAAAUGUCUUUUCUGUAGGCAUCAUGUUAUGCUUAUAUUGAGCUGGUCGAGAGUCAGCUACAAUUCUUAGUAAAAUGUUUUUCUUGACAGCACCUUCCAUCUAUGACUGCACAUUUGAGAACAACACAUGCACAUGGACUCAAGCAUUGGAUGACACUUUCAAUUGGACAAGGCAUCAAGGGAGUACACUAUCUCGGUUCACUGGACCAUCUACAGAUCACACCACAGGAGGUGCUACUGGAUUUUACAUGUACAUCGAGACUUCAUAUCCACGAAAGCCCAAUGACACAGCACGCUUUGAGAGUGCAAUGGUCCCUGCCACACAACAAAAGUGCUUGCAGUUCUGGUAUCACAUGUAUGGCCCUCAUGUUGACACUCUUAAUGUGUAUACAAAAGUAAACCAGCAACUCGGGUCACCCGUGUGGACAAGAAGUGGCACCCAGGGAAACAAAUGGAAACAUGCUACUCUUUCUUUGACUGUGUCAUCUAAAUUUAAGGUAAACAAAAAUGAUGUUACUUUUGAACAUCUCCAUGGUAUACUUGCAAGAAUUUGUUUCAUACAGCAUUUAGUGAGGGAAUGUAGAGUGCAGAGAACUUUAUGUCCCAUAAGCUAAGCUUUUAUUAUGUUUGUGGCUCAAGCUGAGUUAUCUAAAAAGUGACAUGCAGUUGUUUUGAUAUUUCUCCCUUAAGGUUGUUUUUGAGGGUCGCAGAGGUUCCAGCUGGGCUGGUGACAUCGCUCUAGAUGACAUAUCCAUGCAAGAUGGACAGUGUCCACCGCAGACUCAGUGUUCCUUUGAAGAUCAAAAGCUCUGUGGAUGGAAGAAUAUUAAUGGUGACAACUUUGACUGGACACGAGCCAAUGGCCUCACAGCCAGUUUAGGAACGGGUCCAUCACUUGACCACACCACAGGAACAGCUAAUGGUGGGUGUCAGUCUGUCUUGAGGGCUCAGGCAAACCAUUUUAUGAGUUCAGAGGUCUUUCAAUAGUAUGGUUAAGUCAUGUAGAGAAUAGCAAGUUGUUUUCUUGAAAGGUUAUUACUUUUUUCUGACCAUGAGGGUCAGAUGCACACUCAGAAUGCCCUUAAGGGUUUUGUUUUCAUUUGCAAGGUGGCUGGAACUCUGACUGGGGACUAAGAGUGCUUUAACAAUCUUAUUACUGAAACGGAGUAAAAAUAUUUUGUUUCACUAUGACGUAGAUUCCAUUUAUGACUUGAAUGCUUUAUAACUAAUUCAAAUCUACACCAUGGCAUUUAUGAGGAGAGGGAGAUAAACCAAGUGGUUAAAAUGCCAGUUCCUAAUUCCUCUGAGAGCGAAUGACUCCAAUAGUCCAGUUUUCUUUAGAUUAUAAAUAGUGGAGUCCUGAGUAGCAUUGAUAUUCUUCUUACAAUUCCACAAGUGUGAUUUUCACUACUGAACACAUAUCAGGUUGCUAUACACUUGCAUUUGCAUUACCAAGGGAACCAGAAACCAUGGACUUGAAACACUUCAACUGUAAGUUCUAUACUUAAAACAUUCACAGGUUACUAUUUGUACAUCGAGACCUCUUCACCUCGCUCAAAGGGGCAUAAGGCUUGGCUUGUGAGUCCACAGUUUAAAUCAACCAAUGGAAGAUGUCUCCAGUUCUGGUACCACAUGUAUGGCUCAACCAUUGGAACCCUAAAUGUUCUUCUACUACAAAACAAAACCCGCUCUUCUCCAAUCUGGAGCCUGUCUUCAAACCAAGGUGACAUCUGGAGAGUUGCCCAAGUCACACUCAACAGUGCUGUUGACUUUAGUGUAAGUGCUUCAACUUGUUGUAAUAGGAGGUAGGAAAAGACUUUAGAAUGUUGUUUGUCCCAUAUGCUGUUCUUAUCCACCUUAAAUCUUUAAGAAGUUGAGAGGAAUAAUUUGUUUACACUAAAUGUAACAUUUAUCGACUGUUUCUUAAAAUUGAAUAUUUAGCAUUUGCACUAAGUAUAUUAUGUUUUCCCAAAGACAAAUGUGUUAUUUUACCUUCACCCAGUAUUGGCCAACGUAAGUAGUUAAGCCUACAUUCCUCAUGAAUAUAAUUAUGGAAAAACUGAGGAAAGUGUUAAAAGCUGUUUGGAUGAGAGAUACAAGUUUGUGGGUCCUUGGCAGUUUUGGCUUACUUGCUCUUUUGAAAUGAGGAAAGGGAAGAAAACAUGAGUGUGGUAUUCUCUCUGUUUGCUACCAGCUAUAGCACUAAGAUAACAUGUAUCGUUGUAUAUUUAGGUAAUAUUUGAAGGCAUCACAGGCACAAGCUAUACUGGUGACAUUGCUAUUGAUGAUGUGGAGAUCACGGAUGGUGCCUGUCCCUUACCUGGUGGGUGGAUAGUUUUGAAAGUGAUUCAGAAAUUUGACUUGUGACUGAUCAGUUAACUUAAAGUAAAACCUGUAUUAAUUGAACUCUUACCAGUGAGUGGGUGUUAAUUGAUAGCUGUUUCGCAUGGUGUCCUCUUGAUACUGUUUUUAUAGUAAUUUGAAUAAAAAGUAUGACCUUGUAAGUGGAAGAAUGAUGGAGAGGGCUAUGAGUCCAAUUCUUGUGUAGAAGUGUUGACCAAAGUCAAAUAAGAAGAAUAAGAGAAAACAUUAUGCGAAACUGAUGACUACUCAAAAUUGAAAAUGCAAACUGCUUGUAUACUAGGAAGAUGCAAGGGACCAUAACUAGUUUGCAUGGUUUUAGUUUAAUGUUCUUUUGGCUGAGUGAGAGAGUGUGACUUGUUUUCUCUCUAAAGACACACACAGAAUGCGAAACUUGUACUGUUUUUGUCCAGUUACUCAAGGUUACCUGUAGCACCAUAUCUGUAUGGUAAUAACUUUUUUGAUGAAAGUUCAAUACAUUUGGAAACCCAUUUGAUUGACUUUUCCUUGUUAAAUUGUAAUUUUUCACAAAGGUGACUGUGACUUCGAGAAAGGUAUGUGCACAUGGGUUAACUCACCAAAUGUCUUAGAGGAUGAAUUUGAUUGGACGCGAGGAAGUGGUGGAACACCAAGUCAAUUUACAGGACCAAAGAUUGAUCACACAACAGGCUCAGCAAAAGGUCAGUAUCUCUUAUCUUUUUUCUGCUUUUGCAUCUUUGCUGUUUAUCUUUCCUUGCAAAGUGAGUGUUAACAACCUUUAAUGCAGGUCUGUGGGUGCACGGUUUUUGAUAUCUCAUGGAAUUGAGCCUGAUUUUCAAAGUUUUGCACAAGUAAACUUUAAUAAUCUCCUCAUACUUAUCUUUGUUCCCUUUUGGUUAGUUCUCGUCAUGUUGUGUCUAAGUAACCUAACAAAUGGUUAGUUGUUGCUUAAGGUUAAAAUUGAUUCUCACUGAUGCAAAGUUUACUCCACAAACCUUGGGCAAAUAAUAAUUAAAACUCACUUAAACUGUCAGUAGAAUUUACUACAAUAUUUGUAGACUUCCAACCUGUUCAAUUGCUAUAAUUACAUUUGUACUUAAUGUUCUCGUCAAAAAAAGAUUUAUAAUGGAAUAGUGGACAAAGAGUUUAUUUGAACCCUGCAAAUAUUAACAUAUUAUUUUACUUUCUUGUGAAAGGAAACUACCUGUUCAUAGAGACCUCACUCCCCAGGAGACGUGGAGAUCGUGCAAGGCUGGAAAGUGAAGUUUUCCCUGCAACCCCUAGCAAUGGCAGAUGCAUGCAGUUUUGGUAUCAUAUGAAUGGAAGCCAUAUUGGCACCUUGAAUGUGUACAUGAGAGUGUAUGGGCAGUCAGAGACAAAGUUAUGGUCACUCUCUGGUGAUCAAGGGACUGCGUGGAAAGCUGCUCGACUGCAGAUUCUAAGUGGUGGUCGCCAUUAUCAGGUAACUCAUAAUUUGAGGCUUUCUCUUUAACUAGUCAUGGCAUUUUUUGCGUUAUGGUAAACAACUGACAUAGAGAAUCCCAGAUCUCAGAUCUUUUGAACCCAUUCGCAAAAUGUACAUGGUUUUGGCAGAAAAUUACAUAGUUAUGCUUUGCAUCCUUUUUUCCAUCUCUGCAUUUUGAAGCUUAUCCUUUUAGGGCCAAGGAACAUUCUGUCUUCCUGGUCACACAGCAAAUGUGUCUGCGUGGAUGGUAGUAGCUGUCUAUUAGAAUGUGAAUUUUGUCAGCAGUGUUUGUAUUUGAUUGCGCAUUAACUCUAUUACCCCUAAGAGUGGCUAGCAUCUAAUUUGUUUACAAUAUCACCCCUUAUUCCACAUUCAGAUCAUGAGAGUAAAGGAAAUGAUCACCAACUAAAGAGGCUCUUGAUUGCAAAACAUAAUUAUCCUACUUAGAAAUGAGAGAUCAAUAUGGAGAAUAUGCAUACUGAUGUUAGGGUGUAAAGGGUUAAAUCACCCUUAAAUGUAGCUCUUGUCUUGAAAAAGAUGCUGAUGUCAAUGAUAAUUCUUGUAGAUCAUCUUUGAAGGCAUUCGUGGAGUUGAUUAUCAAGGUGAUAUAGCUAUCGAUGACAUAACAUUUACUACAACUGUUGGUAAAUGUAUAACAAGUCCGGUCAGUGCAGUUCCAUUUGAUUGUAACUUUGAAAAUGGAAUAUGCUCUUGGAGCCAGUCUAUCACAGAUCGCUUCGAUUGGACAAGACAUAGGGGUUCAACAGGCAGUGUUCUGACAGGGCCCAGCAUCGACCAUACAACAGGCACAAGUAAGGAUUAAAUUACUGUUUAGAGACUCUGAAUGUCAUAACAAACCCCCAUGGCUCACGUUAAUUGACAAUUUUUUGGAAGUGUUGUACAGAUCUAAUGAAUACUGUGAGCAGUUUUCGUUUUGCUUUUAGCAGCUGUCCUUUGGUGAGCCUUUUGGUCUCUUUUACAUCACAUAUCACACCUGCACUUAUCGACCUUCAUUGGCUCCCAGUAACGUUCAGAGUUCAGUUUAAAUUGCUCCUCUUUGUUUACAAGUCAUUGCGCAAUCAAAGUCCUCCCUACAUUAAAGAUCUUUUGUCCCUGAAACCAGCUACUAACUAUGCUUUUCGCUCGUCUGCUCAAUCUCUUCUGUUCGUUUCAAAAGCCAACUGCUCUUCACUUGGGGAUCGGGCCUUUGCACAUGCUGCAUCUGUUUUAUGGAACUCGCUGCCACUAACUAAAAGAACAAGUAGUAGCCUCGCCAUUUUUAAAAAGCAACUUAAUACAUUUCUAUUGAGGAAAGCUUUCAGUUUGUUUAUUGCCUUUGAACAUUUUAAUUUUAACUAGCAGAGAACUCUAACUUAUGUAAAGCGCUUCUGAAUAUUGUUUACAGUUUUAGCGCUAUAUAAAUUCCUUAUCAUUAUCAUUAUCAUUAUCGUUUUAUUCGUUUUCUUUUAGGAAAGUAAUUUAAGGUGUUAACUUGAGGUAUCUGAGGCUGACACUGUUUUGGAAUGUCUACAGGUCAGGGCUGGUACGUCUACAUUGAAACAUCUUUUCCGAGGCAAGUCAAUGAUACUGCUCGCAUCCUUAGUCCAACAAUUAAAGCAGAUGGGUCCCAAAAAUCAAUUCACUGUGUGUCCUUCUGGUAUCAUAUGUAUGGACCUCAUGUGGACACGUUACGACUGUACCAGAAGGUUGGUUCUACCCUGGGGAAACCCAAGUGGGUAAGGCAAGGAGAUCAAGGAAAUCAGUGGAUACAGGGAGAGUACACAGUAGAACACACCAAAGAUGUACAAGUAAGUUUUAGUUAUGCGUUGUGCCAUUCACAAUCUUCUUCAACAGUUUGGGCACCCUUUCUUGUUUUAAGAGAGCAACAAUUUUGUGCAAAAAUUUUCAUUACGAAUGAAUUUCUAUUUGAGUGGUAUAGAUAGACAUCAGUUUUUGGUAGACUUACACAAAUUUGGUUAAACUUCUGCAUAAUUGAUCAAGAUGAAUGGCGUAUAUUACAUCUGCAUUGCUCUCCUUGUGAAUGACUACAGAUGGGUUUGCAGAAUAUGUUGUUAUUUGUAUGACUUAUGAGCGUAGUAGUCGCUGAUGCUGUCUUCUCCUUUUCUCUUACCCUUAAAAUUUUUGCAUCUUGUAGAUUGUUUUCGAAGCAGUUCGAGGAGUAAGUUAUCGUGGAGAUAUUGCACUUGAUGAUAUUUCACUGAAAGAUGGCAGCUGUCCCUCAUCAGGUAAACGAGAAAACCUCUUUGAGAUUUGCUCGGUCUGAUUGCUCAAGCACUUAGUCAUUUACUUUGACAUAGACUAGUUUAAAAUUCAUUAAAUAUUUUUGCUAGCGUUUAUUUUGUUUAAAUACAUUACGUGACAGAAUAUACUCCAACUUAAAACUUUUGAAUAUAUAGCAGAUUUGCCCGUGAUGAUAUUUCCUUAUUUUCUUGCUUUAAAUGAUAACUUGACCUACAAGUGCCAUACAUCAGUCAACAUGUUACUAAACUUUAUCAUAUUUCUUAUUUAGGAAUGUGUAGUUUUGAAGCAGCUGACAUCUGCGGGUAUCAAAACAGCUAUGACACCACGGACAAAUUUAACUGGCUCCGAAGCAAUGGUCCAACUACUAGUAUUGGCACUGGGCCAGUGGCAGAUCACACCUAUGGGACUGUGUAUGGUAAGAUUUACUUCCACAACCUUGUCAGAACCAGAAGUAUACAUCUAAAAUUUUUUGUUUAUGAUUUUAAGAAUCACAAUAGACUAACUGUACUCCAAGCCAGGACUGGCAAGAAGAAAACUAUUGGACUUUAACUUUGCUUUAAAAUUAGUCAGUUUUGCGACCUGUGCUCAAGACACAAACUUGCAAACUAUUUUAUAGGCUUUGAAAUGGUAUAACAUUUAGUUAUUUUUUUGGCAAAUGGUUAUAUUGAAAAAUGUCUGAGUUGAAGUUAGAGCCAUUUAAAUAAUAAUACAGAAUACAAGAAGAGAGGAGAAGUAAAAUCAAGUUUCUGAUGGUUGUAUUGUUGCUUUUCAGGCCAUUACAUGUACACUGAGGUUUCUCCCUUAAACCUAAAUGCGGGUGACACAGCUCACCUGCGAAGCCCAAGAUAUCCAGCCACACAGGGUUCAUGCCUUCAGUUCUGGUAUCACAUGUAUGGCCGCACCAUUGGAACCUUGAAUGUAUAUGUCGAGACCUUCUCUAUAUUCAAGUCUAAAGUAUGGAGCAAAACAGGCAAUGACAGUAAUAUCUGGAAUGUAGCACAAGUAAACAUCAAGAGUCGCAGUGGAUAUCAGGUAUGGGGUUUUGUAAGAACGGUUAUUUUAAUCCAUUUUGGUGAAAUACAGUAACAAUGAAGUAUUAUCAUUCGUCUCACUACCUGAUCACUUAUGAAGAUCCCAACAUUUUGACUUCAUAUUGCGUGUCUUUGUCUUCCACUUAAACCACUCUUUAACUCACAGUAAACUUAUUUUUCAAAAGAUUGUUUUUGAAGGAGUAAAGGGAGCAAGCUAUACUGGAGAUAUAGCCAUUGAUGAUGUCAAAAUAAUGAAUGGCAGCUGUCCAUCACCUGGAGAUUGCUCGUUUGACGAUGGUAUGUGCACUUGGACUAACGCCCGAACUGGGGAUACAUUUGACUGGAUUGUAGGAGGUGGAAGAACACCAAGCUUUCUGACAGGACCUUCCAAAGACCACACAACAGGCUCUGGUAGGUUUUUUUAUUUUAUUUGCUUUUUCGUAAUUGGCACAGUUCACCCUUUUUCCUACCUUAAAAAUUAAUGCCGACGGACCAGCCUGUCGUUGGUAGUAAAUAUGUUUUUUUCUGCAAGCUGUUUCAAAUUUGAUUCCAAAAAAAUGGAUUGUUGUGCAAUUUUCAAUGUUUUUCGAAUUCUAGGCCAGUAUAUGUUUAUUGAGACCUCAUCCCCGAGAGUGCCUGGUGACAAGGCAUAUCUCCUCAGUGAACCUUUUGACCCGACCUCCAGUAGUGGUAGAUGUUUACAGUUUUGGCAUCACAUGAAAGGAGCCUCAAUUGGCACCUUGAAUGUCUACAUAUACACCGGCAACUUCUCAACAAUGUCUCUGCUGUGGCAGAGAAUAGGAAAUAAGGGCGAUAACUGGUUGCUUGGACAAACGCCCAUAAGAAGCAGCGUCAAGUAUCAGGUGAGAUGUCAGAGUGCAUGUAUACUUAAUUUGGGAAUAUUCCAGAUCUGCCACUUGCCACAAUCUUUCCCUUUGAGCUUCCGUUACAAAAUUGUACCUCGCGGAUUAUGCUAUAAAGUGACAGGAGAACAAUUUUCACGUCUAAAUUAAAAAGAGUGCUGGACAUGAAAAUUAUUAUGGAGAGAUCUGCUUGAUGAACACCCUGACUUUUACAGGAUGCAGAACAUAGAACCAGCCUUGAUUUUUUAAAACAUGAAUGGUCUAUAUUUCUUUCCUGUAGGUUCUGUUUGAAGGUAUCCGUGGAAAUAGUUAUACCGGUGACAUAGCACUGGAUGACGUAAGCUUCACGGUUGGCGCGGCCAACUGCAGGUUGCAGCCUUAUGAUGCACUGCCUGUUAACAUGACAACUGCAGCUCCUCCUGUCACCACAUCUCCGUCUAUUACACCAACCACAAUAGGUAGGUCCAUCCAUACCCUUGAAUAGAUAAUGCACUGUAUUAAAGGAAAUCAUUGAAUUACUCUUGCUUUUUCUUUACCCUCUGAUUGGUCAAGAAAGUAUGUACCAUCCUUUUACACCGUAAGAUGCAAAAUAAUCGAAUAGUAACUUCGUCGCAUUUUUUUAAGCCUGAGUACAGGCCCUCUACUUUAACGCUUCAGCACUAGCGUGCGUCGUACCUCAUAAUUAGUGCCAGACUCCCCCAGUCGUCUCAUAUCUUCUCGCGGGUGGGGAAACGCGCAUCCUGCUGCGCGAAUAAGAUGACCUGUUUGCAUGCUAUUUUUGGCAUAAUAUUUCGAGUUCUUACAGAAUCCUCGUAAUUUUUCAUGGCCAUUGUGGUUGUGGCCAUAACUUUCAUCACAUAUAACUGAAAGGGCUACAUUCUUGUGCUUUGAUUGAAACUUUCCUUCUUGCAGGAUGUUUAGGCGAAUAUAUAUAUUCACUGGUGACUUAACUCUCGUACAACAGUUAAGAAAUAUAAGGGAUGUAGGUUGAUGCAUUCUGGAAAGUGAAAUGAGGUGUCAAGCCUAAUAUACCAUACUGUUUUUGUCUUGGUAGGAAAUCAAGGAAAUGACUGCAAUUUCGAAGUUGGGAUAUGCUCUUGGACUUUUGACUCCAAUGGAAAAUUUAACUGGACCCGUCACCAGGGCUCCACAGCAUCUUCUGGUACUGGACCCAAAUAUGAUCACACUUUAGGAAAUACAGGUGAGCGAUCUGGUCCAUUUAAAAUUAUUGAAUAGAUUUAUUUUUGCACAUCAUGGAAGAGUUGAGAAUUACUCAGUUUCUUGAUGCAUGAAAGGCUAAAAAAACAUUUCCGUGGUAUUUCGCUUCGAUCACUUCGCGUAAAAUAGUUCGUCUCAAAUAUUUUGCUACCUUGUAACGCUUUCUAGGACAAGGCUACUACAUGUACAUCGAGACAUCAUCUCCUCGCCAACCGAACGACACGGCUGGAUUGGUUAGUCCAAUUAUUCCGACGUCAGGACCAACUGCUUGUGUGCUGUUCUGGUACCAUAUGUUUGGGCCUCACAUUGCUUCUCUUAACGUCUAUGUGAAGGUAGUGUUCAUAUGCUCAUACUGUUUUAAAUUUUAAAACAAUUUUUCCUUUGUUUUCAAGAGAUUACGGUGUUUUGCUAAUACGAGACUUGGAAUGAAAAUCCUUUGUUCUACCAGUGUCCUCAUAUUUCAAGCUAUUCACGGUGGUAUUUUCGUGUUAUCAGACUCCUCUCUUGGCAUAAGAGUAACUUUUUAGUGUAAGCUAUGAUAAGGGCUUCGAGGGAAGACAGAUCAAGAGGACAAGCCAAACCAACAUAGGCUGCUGUACCAAAGUUGAUUUAGGUGAUGCCUUUUUUUACCAUUUAUGGUCUGCGCAAGAAAUUAAGAGCAUGAAAAGAGCAAAGCAUUGCAAUGCUAGCCUACUGUCAACAAAUUGUUGUAUUCUCAACUGAUGGUUUAAAUUCUUCAGAUUUAGUAACUAGUGGUUCAUUUUCAGGAUGGAAACAAUCCAAAAACUCUCACGUGGCAAAAAGUUGGCUCUCAGGCUGAUGAAUGGAAACAAGGACUUGUGCAAUUCAACACAACUCAACGUUCCUACCAGGUAUGACUCAUACAUUGCAGUAUAAUAUAUUCACCAUGUAAAUUAAAUUAUCCUCAAGAUUUCCUUAUCUAUAAGCCAAUGUUCAUGAAAAGUCAGAAACGAACUAUAGCUGGGAACAAAACCCGUCGAAAAAAAAUACUUUGCAGAGCAUUCCAAGUACGGUAUUUUCCAUAACAGCUAAUUUAGAGUUGAAUUCUGAUUCCUAAUAUUUUGUACUUAAAUCUCAAUAAGGUUACUUUUGAGGGAGUACGUGGCUCUAGUUACCAAGGGGACAUCUCGUUGGAUGACAUUUCUUUCCAAAACAACAAUUGUCCAGCAGCAAGUAAGGACUUAUCAUGUGUUUUUUGUCUAUAAGGAGCUGCGAUAUAUUUUUGGGACUGUGCUAAUUUCCGCGAUUCCCUUGUUUAGGUUGAUAUGUUAACAAACAGUUUCAGCUAAGGUUUACUUUCACUAACAGAACGGACUUAGGUUUUGUCAUGUUACAAUCUGCCUUUUUUUAUGUUAUUUCCUGGCACAACAAAGUUAUUCAGUCUAAUGUACAGCAGUGCACGGAAAAGCCACUACGCCCAUGAGUUAAAAAGGUUUCUUUUUUGUUCUUAAAACUCCACAUGAUUUGAACCAAAGCUGUCAUCCCUUCGUUAUAAAGAAAAAGACAUUUUACCUCCAUCCCACGCUAUUUUUCAAACCUUUCGAUAACUUGAACCAAUUUCGUUUUCAAAAGGGGUUAGGAAAGUUGGAUUCCAUUAUAGCUUUUGAAUUCAUAGUUAUGACAACAUGUCUUGAUCCUCCACGGUUGUUUAAUUAACUCAUGUGUGUUUUACUUUCAGGUGAGUGUACCUUUGAGGCCUUUGUGGGAUCAUUAUCACAUACUUGCGGCUGGACGCAAGAUACCACUGAUGACUUUCAAUGGACUCGUGCAAGUGGUUCCACUGCUAGUUACCAGACCGGGCCAGCAUUUGACCACACCUAUGGAACCAGCCAGGGUAAGAAAUGCUAAAUAAUGAUUUUUUGGUAAGUUUUUAUGACAAGCACCCCUUUGAUUUUGACUCUCCAAAAGUUAUAACCUCUCCUAUUCUAGUAAGUACCCCUAUUCUCUCACAGUUACAGGCCCAUCAGCGAUUAUUGAGAGUAAUAGUGGUAAUAAUUUCUCACAUAAUUGGUUUUUUUUUGGUCACAUAUAAAAAAAAAAAUUCAGAACAAAGUAGAUAGUAGCAAGGGCUUGGUUGAAUGUUUCAGCCGCACGCCGUUUCGAUGGUAAGUACCCUUCCAUGCGUUCCCAAAACACACGUAACAACUUCACAACAGGCUCGAAAUCAAAUGUUGAAAUGGUCAUCACGUUCUUGAAAGAGACAUUACUUUUUCGUACAACCUUUUAUAUAUGUUUGGGAAGUUUCUUUUAGAAACUUCUAUUCAGGGAACAUUUUGUCUAGUCCUUAGGAUGAACCCACCUCGCAUGUAAUCGUGGUUUCAUGUUAUCACCUUGAUAUAUUUUUCCUUUUUUUUCUGUUUUGCUUGUAGGGUAUUACAUGUACAUCGAGACGUCUUAUCCAAGGAAACAGGGUGACAAAGCAAGGCUUAUUAGCCCCACUUACCCUGCUGUUAAGGGAGGCCAGUGCUUCCAAUUCUGGUACCACAUGUAUGGCCAAGACAUUGGCACACUUAAUGUGUACGUGAAGUCACCAUCGGGUAAACCUGGCGUGCCAGUGUGGCUUAGGUCGGGUGAUCGUGGAAAUAUCUGGAAGAUUGCUCAGGUUGCAGUCACUUCAAGCUCUAAUUUCCAGGUAGGUGCAUUUUUUGCAGAAACAAUUAUGAAUCAUUUACUAUUAUUCAAACAGUGAUUAUUGUUUGUAUAUAACAUCAAAUUAUUAGAAUUAGGAAACAGAGAAAUUUAUGGACAUCAAAUGGGAGAAGUGAGUGUCAGAUCUCUGGACUCGGCGCUAAAAGCGAAUCAGGCAUAGAAAUCGAGAGUAAAUAAUGUACCGUUGUUGAAUAAUGAUUCAAAUAGGUCCCGCCACACUGUUUCCUGCUCACUUUCUGUCACAAAAUAAAUUAAAGUAGCAAAGCCAAUCAGAUUGCAAUAUUUGUGAUAAAACGCUAGCAUACUUACAACAAUUAAUGAUACUAAUGGCUAAUUUAUAAUAAGCAGGGGUAAAAAUUUUAUCAAGUAUUUAAAGAGUUUCUGAAUACCGAAAGAACAAAUCAUCUCUCCUAAAAUUUCUUCAUUAUCUUUUGAACCCUUGUGGCAGAUUGUGGUAGAGGGUGUAGCAGGCAAGAGCUACCAGGGGGAUAUUGCUGUUGACGAUAUGAAGUUAAUCAAGAGCCCUUGUCCAUUACCAGGUAAAUCAGUAACAUCUAAAACGAUGGAAAGAGUGUUUGAUUUAGAAAUGGGUGAGCCAAUAACUGAAUUUAAAACACAUAACUAUUUGCCUUUUUAAGGUGACUGUGAUUUUGAAAGUGGAAUGUGCACCUAUACUAAUACCCCGACUGAAGAUCAGUUUGACUGGCUGAGAAAUGCAGGAGCAACUCCAAGCUGGAGGACGGGCCCAAAGGUGGAUCAUACUCUGGGGACUGGUCUAGGUGAAGUAUUCUGUGUUGUGAGACUGCUGCAGCUGAAGUGUAUUGUAUUUUCUGGAUUAAAUGCCUCAUUUUUAUGAGUGGCACUUGUUCGACGGCGGUGCCCAUCAAUUUUUUGCUCUCUUGUCGGCGUUAACUCAGGGUGGCGCUUAAUUGCCUAACUACGGUAUAAUAGAAGGAAGAUAUAUUGUUACUUAUAGUUGGCCUUGUUAUUUACUUGGAGAUGCAAUGGCUUUUUGGUCCCAAUCUCCCCACGACCUCAGAGCUUUAUUCAGUCUGCAACGAGGCCGUUCUGUUCUGUGCUUAGGCGAGGCACAUGAUCCUCGCAGUAAUCCUCUCCAUUCAGGAAUGUAAAUAUAUUCUGGCUAACUGUUGGGAAACCUGAUGUAUAGGGUAAUCUGCGAUGGACUAGCAUCACAUCCAGGUAGUGGCAAUACUCGUACAUGGUAGUCGCUUGAUACUAUAGAAACCAGGAUUAGCCUUUGACAGUAUAGACCACUCGACUCUUGUGAGGCUGAACGAGUCUCUUGUUUUGCAGGUCAUUACAUGUACAUAGAAACAUCAUCACCUCGUAGGCAAGGCGACAAGGCUCGUCUUGUCAGUGAGGACUUCUCACCAGUCACAAUCCAUGGAAGAUGUGUGAAGUUCUGGUAUCAUAUGUAUGGUGCUUCAAUUGGCGCGCUUAGAAUUCUGGAGAAAACUGGUCCAGGAAACAAAUCAGAAAGUGUCAUUUGGGAGCUCAGUGGAAACUUUGGUGACCAGUGGUACAGUGGACAGGCCCCUAUUACAAGUGGCUCGCCUUACCAGGUAAUAUUCGUUAAAAAAAAAGAAAGCACAUGUAGUAUUCAGUGACUGCUACAAGUGACUGAAUGAAGUGACUGCUGUGACUCCAUCAAGGCUGCAGUUUGACGGGAGUCAGGUCAGAAUAACCAAAUCAGUAGAAAAAUUCAUGUAUGACUGAGGCUGAUUAUAAUUUUCUGGCGAGAAUCUGUAAUUUUUCGCUGGAAUGUUAUAUGUUGGAAAUGUUCGAUUUAAAAUAAUAAUAAUCAAUGCAAAGAACAUUUUAUAUUAUACCUAUUCUCAAAGUUUUAUUGUAACGAUAAAGUUCAAUUUUUCCACAUUUUCUUACAGGUGGUCUUUGAGGCUGUGAGAGGAAGUAGCGUCAGUGGUGACAUCGCAAUCGAUGACAUCACAUUCUCUACAUCAAAAUGCUCUGUUGUGCCUUCCUUGGCGAUGCCCCCCACUCCACCACCCACUAAACCCCCUCCCAUCAUCAACAACUGUACUUUUGAAGGAGGGUUCUGCUCCUGGAAAAACCUGAAUGGAGAUGAUUUCGAUUGGACAAGGAGCAGGGGAUCAACGGCUUCGUGGAGCACAGGACCGACUGUUGAUCACACGAAAGGAACUUCUCAAGGUAUCCUGAAUUAGUUUUCGAGAACACAUUUUAAGUGUUUUCCGUAUGUUACACCAACGAAACCUAGCGUGAUGGAAAAAAAUAUGAGAAGGAGCCAUUGAGAGCUCAAAUUGCUUCUGAUUGAUGGAGUAUUAUGGACCAAUGAUACAGCGAAGCAAAACAAACGCAAUUUCUAAUUACUUUCGAUACUCAGUUAAAAAUUGCUCCAACGGCAAAAAUUGAGUUAAACGAUUAAGAUUUCCUUGGAUAUCGUAUGCUUAGUCUACAGCUAUCUAAAACUCCACGAGCCUGGCUACUUAUGUAAUAUUCGUGAGAUGUGCUAAAAUACAGUAGAAUCUCCACGCGUUUUAACACCUCCCCUAGGCAAGUACAAAUUCAUAGUCGAAGCACCAUACUCCCUCAAAUAAGUGCAUUUGGUAAAUCAAUUUUUGCUGAGUUUAUAUUAAUAUAACCCAAUUGCUAUGUCAGAAAUGGGAUCAGAGAGCCAUACGAUUUUUUUUAACAUUUGCUAGGUUACUAUGUUUACAUCGAGACAUCCUCUCCGCGUCGUCAGAACGACAAGGCACAGCUCCAAAGUGGCUUGAUACAGCCAACCACGGUCACCUCAGGACGAUGCCUGAAGUUUUGGUUCCAUAUGUGGGGUAAACACGUGGACACCCUUAAUGUCUACCGUAAAGAUAGCUCUUCACAAGUCAGGUGAGCUUCUCGUGUAGGAACUCAGUGCCUUUUGGUUUUUUUGUUGUUGCCAAACCAGAGUUCAAGCAAUCAACAUGGCCAAUCAGGGAAACGGAAAAUCUUAUCCGUAGCCAACGAGUAUUCUGAUUAAUGACAGGGAAAUUGAUGCGCAUGAAAACCCUAAAGCUUGGUUUGCGUCCGAUUGGUCGAGGGGAUGAGACGAGUUUCUGGAGCUAGUGGAGUAAACCAAAAACAAAGCAACUGCAGUGUGCUUUGGACACUCAAUUUAAAUUUGCUCCAUGAAUUAUUGCAAUAUGGAUGAUAAGCUAUCAUCUGCUUGUGUCAUUUAUCUCAUUAUGCUAUGGGAAAUAUUAUAGGGGCAAAACCAGAAAAACUCUUUGUUCAGUUUGCUAGGAGCCGAUAUAAAUGCUUGCUCUCAACUGACAACUUAAUGUCAUUAUAUUGCGUAGAACGAGGAUGCGAAGAGUUGGAAAAGACUGCGGUUAAAUCAGAUAAUAAUUUCUUCUUUGACUUCCUGGGAGCCUUCAACUGACAGCUAAAUGUCGUUUUAUUGUGUAGAAUUUGGACUCGAAGAGGAACACAAGGUAACAAGUGGAGAUAUGCCCAAGUGAACCUGAUAAGCAACCAGCCGUUCUAUGUCAUUUUCGAAGGGGUUCGUGGUAGUAGUUACAUGGGAGACAUCGCCCUCGAUGAUUUGGAUGUUGCAGAUGGGCCUUGUCCACCUCCAAAGGCUUGUGACUUUGAAACUGACAUGUGCUUGUGGAAAAAUACAGUGGGCGAUGAUUUUAAUUGGCAGCGUGACAGUGGGGGGACACCGUCCUUGGGGACAGGACCUUCGUCCGAUCAUACCACUGGAACGAGCAAUGGUGGGUUUGGAUCGUUCUUGUGUUUAUUCUGGUAUUUAUCAGAUUAAUUCCAGUCCAGAUUAAGAAACGAUCGGUAGGAAGUGAAUUACAAGCAGUUUUGUUAACCUUUUAAAAUGUUCACUCUCCAGGUUACUACAUGUACAUCGAGACAUCCUCCCCUCGCCAACAAGGCGACGUUGCAUUUCUUAUCAGUCCCAAGUACACAGGAGCACAGAAUGGCAAAUGCUUGAAUUUCUGGUACCAUAUGGCUGGGCCUCAUAUUGGCCAACUGAAUGUGUAUGUCAAAACAUUUGGCUCCCCGUCGAAGGGUUCAAAGGUUUGGAAUGAGACUGGUGACCAGGGUAAUUUCUGGCUGUAUGCCAGAGCACCUGUUAAGAUCAGUGGAGAUUUCCAGGUACCCCAUGUCAUAAUUUUAUGAAGUAUAUCUACUUUUUAACCUCGCCUGCGAUAAGGGUUAUGCUUAGGCUAACAUGGAAAAGGACCCUUAGCAAACUGCGACAGAGACGGCAACGGUGGCGGCGACGAGGACAUGGCGACACAAAGCAUUUAAUGAGCAUAGUAGCUCAGCACGUGCGUUCUAAAGUUUUAUUCAUAUUCCAGACGUCCUCUGUAAAACAAAAACGAAAAAUCACUAAAACUUGCGUAGUCUUAGUUCGAAAACCUUGACGUUCAAUAAAUUAUCUUUGUAUUUCGAAUUUAAUGUUGCACUCAUAUUUUAUGAUGAAGCUGAGUAAAAGUGCCCCUCGAUACGGUAAACCAUCCACCCUUUCGCAAGAUUCUUUAGAGAAUUAUGAAUUCAUUUCAAAAAUAGACGAUCACGCAUAUGUAGCAAUGACAUUUAUUUAUUUUCAAACCAUGAUGGUGGAAGAAAACUUCAUUUACGACAAGUAUGAUGCUGAUAAGUUUUACUGUUUUCUUCCAAGAUUUUGUUUGAAGGAAUCAGAGGCCAGAGUUAUAAGGGCGAUAUUGCAAUUGAUGACUUAAGCAUUGAUGACAGCCCCUGUCCACCAGAAGGUUGUUCUUCGUAUUUAAUUAUCCUGUGUUUACUUAGGGUUUUAUGAAUUAAUUUUUUAAUUCGUAUUUCAAAAUAUGGCUUUGCCUUAUCUCCUAUGCAAAUGAUGUUCUCCUUUCGAUGACCUUCAAAGCUCUCUGAGGGCAAGUCUUGACUGGAAACAAGCCAAAAAGAGCUUGAUUUCAAUUACACUGAAAGUUUCGUGAAAAAUAAACCUCUGGGUCUUAAAGGCACAAUGUUACAGUAUGUCAUUUACCGUCUUGGUUUGUUCUCUUGAAUGUGAGUCAUUAACUUCAAAUUGACAAGCAGUACUGGCGAAAUUACAAAUUCACAGCGCAGAACAUUGAUUCUCGAGCUUCAUAACUAGCGUACAUUUCAGUCAUUUUAACCAAGAACCUUUCAAGUUUUGAAAGCCACCCUCUUUUAUUGAUUCAUACCUCAUAACUAACGAACAUUUCAGUCGUUUUAACCAAGAACCUUCCAACCUUCGAUAGCCAUCCUCUUUUAUUUAUUCAUACCUUCUGUCCGCUUUCCUUUUUGGAUAUGUAUGUUUUGAGUUGCUGCAUAGCUUUGGAAUAUAUAUUAAAUAGUUAGGAAAUUAUACUGGUUGAUUAAUAAUUUCUUAAAACUGAGAUAUUGAAUGACCAUGCUAAAUUCACAAACAAUUUUUUUUUUAACGAAAAGCGUGUUUCCUUAUUACACCUGACAGUACUGAACUUGUUUUUGAAUGAUUUGCUUUUUGAACACAGGA